AACUAUAUUUACACCAUCAUUUUUGGCGCCGACCGUGGGACCAAUUUUUAAAGUUUUUUUUCGACCAGGUCAAAACUUUACCCCCACUAAAUAUCCACAAUCAUGUCUUCAAGCAACCACAACACUGUGUCAAGCCAGGCUGUGAGUGAAAGCACUCCUGCCAUGCCACUGAUGAUGGCAAGCAUGGGGACGACCUUUGCUCCGAUCACUACUGUAGGAUCGAUUGGCAUGAUCCCAAUCAUGUCAACCCCUACUCCUACGCCGACAACAACAAUGUUCCCAGGCUCGAUAACAAUGCCUGGUGGAGCAUUCACACCAUACCCAUCAGCUUGGGCUCAGUUUGCUGCUGACCCGGCAAAUGCUCAGGCUCUACAGGGCUAUCAACAGGUGAUGGCCAUGAUGCAACAGGCAGGGGGCUUCAUGCCAUUUGCCUAUCCGGGCAUGACGCCGCCAAUCAUGCCACCUCCGGUGUCGACCCCAUCGACAUUUGUCCCUAGGAUGGUCCCUAUACGCCCGGUGAAUCUGACAGGGACCCUGAACGAGGCAGCGCCCUCAAAUGUCCAUGAGGUCGAUGAAGCAGAGCAGGAGGCGGCUCGCAGGAGGAAGGGUAAGGCUAUAGCCAAACCCAGCAAGACCCGAGAUUCGGCGUUCAAAUGCAUGGGGGACAAAGAGGAUGGGCCCCGCAAGUCUACCAAGCUACGUCUUGGUCCUGAGAUGGGCCGGACUAGCGCAACGGAAAGACUUGGCGGGAAUCGUCCUAUCCAAUCUCGUCGUUCUAGGGAAUCUGAGACGAUUCACCUAGACGAGGAGGAAGCUGAAAGCCAACCCAGGGCGUCGGCAUAUACCAGGCUCUCAUACGAUGAGGACGACCUGGACAAGAUAGGGAGCGUAGCAAGAAAGCUACGUGCCCUGGAGGAAAAGGUGGAAGAAAAGGUGGGAGCAAAGAGGUACACCCUGGCCAAAUCUCCCUUUUCAGCCAGGGUACAUGCACAGAAACUGAGACGAAUUAAGCUGGACGUGGAGAAGUUCACAGGGAAGGAGGAUCCAAACGUCCACCUUGACACCUUCCACAAUGCAGCACAGAUGUCCGGGUGCACUGAUGCUGAGGAAUGCUUACUCUUCUUCUCAUCUUUGAGAGGGAGACCAGUGGAAUGGUUUAACAUUGGAUCCUUUGAAAAACUGGCUGAAGUGUUCCGUAAGAAAUACCAGGACAAUUGCAUUAAGAGAAAGAAGUUUACCUACCUUAAUACGGUAGGGCAGAGGGAAAAGGAGUCCUUGACUCAGUUCUUAACUCGAUGGAGGGAUGAGGUUGACAAAGUAGAAGAGAUGGACGAUAAGACGGCCAUGUCUUUGCUGAUGAAUGCCUUCCGAUCGGGUGACCUCUACACUGAAUUCUGUAGGAGGCCACCCUCCUCUUAUCAAGAAGCCUACAAUACGGCAUGGGAGUAUGCCAAGGCGGAGGUCCUGAACAAGAGCAAGCGGGAGCUGGAGGAAGGCUACACUAAGGUGAAAUCUGAUAAGCCAAAGAAGGAUGACCAGACGGGAGGGUCCAAGCCAAAGGCCACAUAUGAUGGGUCCGUCCACCAAAUAAGGGAUGACAAGAAGGGAGAGCAACCCAAGAGGCCAUGGACGGAGAAGUGGUGCACAUACCACCAAUCCGACUCCCACAAUACGGCGGAUUGCCAAAAUGUCAAGGCUGUGCUCAAGGAGAUGGCAUUGAAGGGAGAGCUUGGGGAAGGUUACGUGACGGGGAAUAAAAAGGACCCGAAAACGAACACCUGGACCCGUCCUCAAGGAAAAGACCAGGGAAGGAGAAAAUCAGGGAAGGACGACAAGCCGGAUAAGGAGUUCAUAGAUAUGAUUGUUGGCGGUCCGGAAGGCGGGGAUACUGCCUCCCAGCGGAAGAACUGGGCUAGGAGUCUACAUGUGUCGGUGGUUUCCCUGGAGUCACAUGGGAAGCAGGCAAGGAGGGAACCUAUUACUUUCACUGAUAGGGAUUUGCCUAGGACGGGGGGAGAUCAUAAUGACCCUUUGGUCAUUACAAUGGACAUCAAUGGGGCAGAUGUGGCCAGGGUCCUUGUUGAUACGGGAAGCAGUGUCAAUGUUUUAUACUUGGAUGCUUUCAAGAAAUUGAAGCUGGACAGGUCCAUGGUGAGGCCAUUGCAAACCCCAUUGUCAGGCUUCACUGGAGCCAGCAUAGAAGCAGAAGGUCAGAUCACCUUACCAAUUACCUUGGGGUCAGGCAACAAGACGGUGACCAAACAAAUGAGAUUUGUUGUGGUUGACAUCAAGUGUGUACAUAAUGCCAUUCUUGGUAGGCCUGUAAUCAAUCAGGUCAGGGCCAUUAUUUCUAUGGAACACUUAUGCAUGAAAUUUUACACCCCCAAUGGAAUUGGCGAGGAAAGGGGUGAUCAAAAGAAUGCCCGAUCCUGCUACCUGGAAGUGGUCAAGAAGAUGACCCGCCAGUUCGAACAAAUUGAAUUGGUCUCCCAGCAGGUCGACAAGGGUGAGGAAAAGGCUAGGAUCGAGUCGGAUACAAACACAGAGGAGAUCCAGAUUGAUGCUUCCAAUCCUGAGAGGAAGGUCAAGAUUGGGGCUGAUCUACAAGAGGAGCUAAGGACUGAGAUUGUCAAGGUGCUGACCAGGUAUAAAUCCUUGUUUGCCUGGAGUGUUGCUGAUAUGCCCGGAAUUGACUGGGGGGAAAACACCGAUGCUGACUUGCUAUCAAAAUUGACGCAAGCAGCCCCGGAGCAUGUGUCCAAGCUGGCCAGGAUUGAGACGCUGGAGAAAGCCAGCAUUGAAGGGUUUUCUGUUAGCAUGAUAGAGGAAGAUGGACAGCCCAAUCCAGAUCGAGUGGAGCCAGAUGAUAUUUGGAUGGAUGACUUGGUCAGGUACUAUAUGACCGGGCAAUUCCCUGAGGAUGAGGAUAGGGUAAGAAAAGUAAAGUUGAGGGCUCCAAGAUUCCAAAUGCUUGAUGGAAGGCUAUACAAAAGGGCAUUUGGCGGUCCGCUGCUGAGAUGCUUGACCAGGGCNUUCGUCUGGAAGAAUAUAAUCACCAGGUUCGGGUCUCCUCGAAACAUUGUGACGGAUAACGGGCCUCAAUUUCGGAAUCCAGGGUUCACCAAAUACUUAGAGGACUUUGGGAUUACUCACAACAAGGCUUCCGUGGCCUACCCGCAAGGGAAUGGUCAGGUGGAGAAUGCGAACCGCACAAUAGUCGAUGGGAUUAAAAAGCGGUUGGGUGAGGCAGGAACAAAUUGGCUAGAGGAGUUGCCACAUAUCAUCUGGGCUUACCGAGUCACUUCGAGAAGGGCCACCGGGGAGACACCUUUCGUCCUUACUUAUGGAUGUGAGGCCAGACUACCCAUUGAAGCAAAGAUAAUGACCUUCCGGGAAAAGAUCUAUGAGGAGAAAGGGAAUGAGGAGGACCACUUGGCAGAAUUGAACUUGCUGGAGGAAAGGCGGAUGGUUGCUGAGGCUAAAAUGAUAGAGUACCAGCAAGCAGUCAAGGCCUACCAUGAUAACAAGGUAGGGCCUUGUUAUUUCCAAGUUGGUGAUGAGGUCCUGAGACGAAGGGAGGCCAGCAAACCGGGUGAUGGUGGAAAGCUUGCGAAGAAAUGGGAAGGUCCAUAUAGGGUCAAGGCAAUACUACGCCCAUGGACAUACAAGUUGGAAACAAUGGAAGGUUAUGAUGAUUGGAAGAUCAUGAUGGAAGCACAUCUCUAUGCUCUACAUGAUUGCAUGUGGAUGGUGCUUGAGGAUGGACCCUUGAAAAUCCAAAUGGAGAAUCCUGAGAGGAAUCCAGCAACCCCAGACGUAGUCCAGUACAUUCCAAAGCCCAAGGAAAAAUGGGAUGAUAGAGAUUGCAAAAAGCAUAAUCUGGACAAUGUCGCCAAAGCAGCCAUCUUCAAGACGCUUGAUCCCAUCACCUUCUCCAAAAUCAAGCAUCUCAAGACUGCCAUGGAGAUAUGGCAAGGUCUUGGGAAGCUAUGUGAAGGAUCAGAGGACUUGAGAAAGCAGAAGAUAGAAGUUCUGCUUGAGAAGUUCAAAGGCUUCAAAAUGCUUCCCGAAGAAUCAUUUGAUAUGUUGGAUGAAAGAUUCCACAAAAUCUUAAAUGAUCUUGCCUCACUUAACCACAUUCUUUCUCCCAAAGAAAAGAAUGUAAGGUUACUGAGAUCACUUCCAACAGAGUGGUACACCAAGGCCACAACCAUGGAAGAAGGAAGAAACCUGGAGAACUACACUGUCCAGGGUCUUCUUGAUGAGCUCAGAACUUAUGAGCACGAGCUGAAGAAGAAGAAGGAAGAACAAGUCACUCCCUUCCCCACGGCACUGAUGACAACUCCAAGAGUCCCAACAACUGACUCAGUCAGAAGGCCAUCCAAGGGAAAGCCACAGGUAAGUGACUCUCCUCCUGAAUCUUAUUUAUGUUAUAACUGCAGGAAACCUGGCCACUGGAAAUCAGCAUGUCCGUACCCAAAGGUGGAGAAGUACGGAGAGAGAGAAAGGAACGAGAAGAAAAAGAAGGCAAUGGUUGCUGCUGAAAGUGAUGACUCAUCCAGCUCAAGCUCGGAUGAAGAAGCCCUCGUCUACAUGGAGUGCAGAGUUGAGAAGUCCAACCAAGAGGAUAGGUGGACUAUGUCAGAAGACGACACUCUCUGCCUAAUGGCCAAAGAUGAUGCUGAUCAAGAGGUAACUUCACAAACCUCCUGCUCAUCUUCUUAUGAAAGCAUACCAACUUCUGAAAAUCUUUUUGACCAGUUCAAAAAGAUGAUGGUAGAUUUUGAAGAAAUAAAUCUCAAACAUUCUUCCUUGACAGAGGAGAACAAACUAUUGAGUGAAGAGAAUCUCAAGUUGACUGAAGGUCGGAAAAGUCAACUGGAUGAGAUUACUCAACUCAAGACUGUAAAUGAAUCUCUCUCUGAAAAGGUGAAAUCCCUUGACAAAGAACUAGGGAUACUUAAGUCUAAGGAAGCAGUGGAUAAGCUUCUUAAAACGACUAAUAAUAAGGGUCGUAAAGGACUUGGGUUUGACCCCUCCAGUUCUAAAAGGAAAGGGAGAACAACUUUCAUCCCUCCUAAACCUACUGCUAAACCAAAUAAGCAGAAAGAAAAGGAAGAGGAGAAACCAACAGAAGUUCCCAAAAAGCAUGAUCAUGAGGUUCUGGAUCUAUCAGACAAGGAUGAAGAAGUCAAUGAAGGAGAUAGAAUGAAGCCUACGGAGUUCAUUCCAUUCAGAAGUCUGCCACUGAAGACUUCACGGAGAAAUCCGGAUUCAGAAGGUGCUGAGUCUUCCGAAAAUGUUGGUCAGCCUUCCAAUAUUCCGGAUCUCUCAAACGGCGACAAUUCCGGAAAUGGCGACCCAGUGCCAAUCCAUCCGGAAACACCAACAACCUCUGUUCUUCAACCAGAAGCUGAACUAGAUCAACCAGUCAAUCCCAAUCAACACAAUCUUCGUUGGUUAAGGGAUCAUCCUCCUCAACAGAUCAUUGGAGAUAUUCAAUCUGGUGUUCGCACAAGGAGUGCUCAACAGAAUCUGGAAGCUAUGCUUGCUUGUUUCAUAUCACAAAAGCUAGAGGCCAAGUGCUCUUCAUCAACAUUCUUUCAAAGCUAUAUGGAGAUGAUAGCUUCUCAAGAACUCUCCGAAUUUCUUAAAAUGGAGAUUCACCUAAAAUUUGAAGAAGAAGUUCUUGAAUUCUACAGGAAUGGAGAAAUCAAGACUGCCAAAUCAAAGAAGAACCCACAGAGGACGUUUCCAGUCAUCAAAUCCUCUGUUGGAGGCACAAAAGUGAAGAUUUCGCAGAAGAAAUUGGGGGAAAAGCUUCGCCUUCCCAAUUCUGGAGUUGAAGUUGGAAAACUUCCAGUCAAAAAUUUGGACUGGAAUGUCAUUGGAAUCUCUGGACAAAUUCCUUCUGGCCAAGCGAAGAAAGCAGACCUGAACAACGACUACAAGUUGGUCUUGGAACUGGUCAUCGCCUGCCUCGAGUGUGGAAGUGGAGGUCAUGCAGAUGACAUCACCCAGGAGAGAGCCUUCAUCAUCAACGCUCUCAUUACCAAAACAAAGGUAAACUGGGCUGCACACUUCUUCAAUUCCAUCUCAAAACAUCUGGGAAAGCCCAACCAGAAUUAUCUUUGUCAAGGUCUGUAUGUUGGACACAUUUUGGAAUCUAUGGGUGCUGCUUCUAAAGGGAAGAAAUAUGGAGAAAGAUAUUGGUUAUACUAUCUGUCUUCAAAAGGGGAAAACAGAGCUAGUGCCAGCGCCACUGUAGAAGAAAGCUCUUCAGACAACGUACUACUCAUCCAUAUGGCAAAGACUGCCAAGAGAAAGCAAGUGGUGUCCCCCUCUCCAAGCAUUGAAGCACCACAGAACCUUACCUUGGCAUGUUUGGAAGAAGAAGAAGAAAUCUCUGACCAUGGAGAACUUCAAAGAAAGAAGAAGAGGAAAAUCAACUCUUCGUCUGCAGCUGGAAAUGUCAAUCCAGAAGAGUUGAAGGAGAAGGAGCCUGCUGAGGAAACCUCUGUUCAAAACCGGAGUCCUCAACAAUUUGAAGAAGAAGAAACUCCUCAAGUCCUAAGCAUUCCAACUCCCUCCUCUCAGCCUCAUACAGAUAAUGCUGAUAACAAAUUCUGGCAGCUCUACUACAAUUGGAGAGCUUGGAAAGUUGGAAAUUCAGAAGAGCAAUUGUUGGAUUGGGACCAACAGCUGAAGAAUAAGAAGGUAAUUAAGAGGUGCCUUGGUAUUCCAGAAAACCAUAACUGUGAAGAUAUUUUGAAUGAUUUCUGGGUAUGGCAAAGAGACUCGGAAGAUCUGCAUAUGGAGUACCUGGCCACCACACCAGCCUCAGACUGUGAAGCAGAUGAUGAAGACACUGCUGUCUUCAAGCCAGUCUUCUCCAGAGCCCCAGAAGAACAGAAAGCAGCCUGUCCUCCACAAGAGCAGAACAAGGAAACUACUGAAGAAGAAGAAUUUCAGCAGCUAAUCCAAUCUCAAGUUUUAGAGAUCCUCACAACUCCUUGUGAGAUCUCCAACCAGCCACAACUUGAGAUUCCGGAGAAGUCAGCAGCAAUUCUGGAACAGUCAGCUAUUCCAGAAACAAUAGCGCAAGCUGUUGAAGUACAAAGGCAUUCUGAAGAAGCUGAUAAGGAAGCUCAAAUGGCAAAAGUGGAGGUCUCUCAAACUCCAGCAGCCAUCUUUGAAGAACAUAAUGCACAUGAAGAAAGAGACUCCCUCUCUAGGGACUUAUCAAACUUUGUCCUUGAUGAAGCAGUAGGAAUAUCCGAGAGGACACUGAAGGUCCCUGAUGAAGAAGAUGAACAAGAUGAUGCUGAAUCUCUUCCUUUGCAACUCUUCCAAAGGACUUCAUCAUCUCAUCAGGUAACCAACUUCCAUUUUCAUAGCUCUACCACUUCUACCCUUCCGGAUGAGAUACCAGAAGUCUGGACAAAGAAGGUCCAAGGGCUGAUUGAAUCUGCCCUAGCAUUUCAACAUGCCUCCUUUAGGCAAGAGAUAGAGCAAAUGGAAGCUAAGUAUACACAAAUGCUAGAGAAAUCAGAAGAAAAACAUAGCGCUGAUCUCAAGGAGAUAAGUAAAUCUGUAGACAAGACUCUAGAGAUCAUCUCUCUAUUGAGCAAAACUGAAGCACACAAGCUGUUCAGACUCAUUGGUGCACAUACUGGGAACCGAAAGAUGGAAGUGAUUCUACAACAACACAAUCCAUCUCCCAUACCCCAGCUACCCAUUGCAGUCAACGAAGGAGAAGCAUCCUAUAUCCCUUCUCAUCUGAACAUGACCAAUCUGAUUCUUGGAGCACAGCAAAGGAAUCCGGAAAGCUCAGCUCAGCAUCUAUCCAACUCAGGACUAGAUGGAACAGAAUUUAUAGGUGCAGUUGCUGACCACUUCUCAGAUAAUGCACAAGCAGAGGAAAGGCGUGAGAAUUUAAGGCGCAUCAAAGAACUCUGUGGAAACAUGCAAGGCAUCAGUGAGGUUGCCGGAUCUUCCAAGCGCAAGAGAAUCUGAAGGUUUAUUUCAUCAAACCAUGGGGAAAAUAUGUGAAAACACUAAUUUGUUUUGAUGAAAACACCUUCCUGUUUAAACAUUACUUGAUUGGUUUAAACAUUGUUCAUAAGUAUGCUCAUUAUGCUUGAUUAUGCUUGUGAUUUUCUAAAGCGCAUACAUUCAGGGGGAAUGUAAUUCAGGGG